UCUAUAAUUGCUUUUCUGGUGGUUUGCUUUCAAUAUUAAUCGAGUUGUGCUUAACUCAUGUCACAGGACUGGACCAGUAAUAGUGAUGAUAGUGAUAAGUUUGACUGGGACAGUGAUGGUGAGGCUGAGCCCUCAUUGGCUCCGGCGAUGAGGAACUUCGAUGCUCCUGGCCCAUCCACACUCAGUUCCAAUGGGUGGAUCAACGGGGAAGCGCCGCCUACUUCUUUGAUUGAGGGAUAUGUGGCAAUGGGCUUCCCAAAAGAGAUGGUCGUGAGGAGUAUCAAGGAGAUUGGACAUAGUGAUGCAGAUGCGCUGCUCGAGCUACUCCUCACGUACAAGGCACUAGGUGAUGAUGAUGAUGCAGUGGGCAAUCACUCUACUUCUGGCUGCAACCCCACUAUUGUUGAAGAUGAUGAUGAUCUUGAUUUUGAGAAGUGGGAUGGUGAUGAUGAUACUGGUGGUAGAGUGUCAAGCUCUGAUGAUUCUGGUUAUGAGGAGUUUCUACGAGAGAUGUCAGACAAGGACGAGAAGAUCAACUCAUUGCGAGACAUGGGCUUUUCUGAAGAUGAAGCAAACAUGGCCAUUACGAUAUGUGGUGUGGAUGCUGAUCUCUCUGUAUUGGUCGACUCGAUUAGUGCAUCACAGGUUACAGAAGUUUGUCACUCUAGAAACUUAUCUGACCAUCAGGUUACAGCUAGAUGCUUCGAUUCCUUUGGAGGGAGAAAGAGGGCAAGAUUGAUUGAAGAGAGCAAGAAAAAGAGGAAGCGAUAUGGAGGUGGAGCACAAGGCAAACGACCUUCCUCGGAUGGCAGCGAUGAGGAAUCAAUGCCUCUCCCAAACCCAAUGGUUGGGUUUAACCUUCCUGCUGCCAGGAAAAGGGGAUAUAUCCACAAUUUGCCAACCGAGAAAAGAUCACCGCUUCUCCCUCUGCCUCCAAAGACAAUUUUUGAGGCAUUCCCUCAUUACAAGAAGUGGUGGCCAUCCUGGGACCAGAGAACGCACUUCAAUUGCUUGCAAACAUGUACGGCAAGUGCACCGGUGACAGAAUGGAUCCAGCAGAAACUUUCAAGCUCAGGCAAUCCACCACCUCAAAGUGUACAGAAAUAUGUCAGGCAUCAGUGCUCAAAAUGGAACCUUGUUUGGGUUGGCAAAGACAAAGCUGCUCCAUUGGAACCUCAUGAGAUGGAGUAUCUUCUUGGUUUCCCAAAGGACCACACAAGAGGCUUCGGCAAGACACAGAGAUACAAGUCUCUCGGCAACUCAUUCCAAGUCGACACGGUCGCUUACCACUUGUCAGUGCUGAGGGACAUGUUUCCCAAUGGUAUUACUGUGCCAUCCUUGUUCACUGGCAUCGGAGGAGGAGAGGUCGCCUUGCACAAGCUUGGGAUCCACAGGGCAGUAGUUUCUGUUGAGAUAUGCAAAGCUAAUAGGAAGAUUUUGAGGAGUUGGUGGGAUCAAACCCAGACAGGCACGUUGAUUGAGAUAGCUGAUGUGGAAUCCCUCAAGGAUGAUGAAAUUGCAUCAUAUGUUAGUAGAUUUGGCGGCUUCGACUUGGUGAUUGGGGGCAGCCCAUGUUGUUGUCUGGAUCAUAUGGACAAUAUGCACAGUCACGAUGCUGUUAUCCGUUUUCCAUCAAUUGACGACUUCAAAUUAUUCAAGGAGUGUGCGGCGUACAAGGAUUUGAUGCAGAUGUGGGCAUCGAAGGUCUGGACGCGGAGAGAUGCCUGGAGCCAUUACAGUGCAGGCAAUCUCAGGUCCCACAAGGCAGUGGAGGAUACAGUGCACGCAACCUCAGCUGACGGCUUCAAAUUAUUCAAGGGGAGCACGGCUUACAAGGAUGGGAACCUUGAUUUUCAUCAAGGACAAGACAAUAAUAAGAGAAAAAAUUGGGAUAUCUUAGUUACUCUUACCUACAGCAUUGGAAACACGCUCAAGCUAGGCAUGCACAAUGAUGACGAUUAG